GCGGGUAUGUUUUUGUCUGGUGUAGUGAUAAAAACGGCGUUUUUCUGAAUGUAGGCUACAGUAUGAUACUUAAAAGAGUCCCUUAAAUCAAUAAGUAAUAGGAUUUGUGCUAAAGGCGACAAGAAAGGACAGAAGUUAAAAAAGAAAGCACUAAAGAGAGGUGUUUUGAUCUUCAACGCUUGCCGUAGGUUGUCCGCAUUACCACAUCUUCCUGUCCCAAACACUUUAGCUUGCUUGUUAGCUACUCCUUGGAACAAUGUCUCUGAACGUACUCCGUGUAGUUUGCCUUUGGAGGUAGGGUAUGGUUUGUGAUUACAAUAUAUGUAGUAUUUUUUAAAGACUUGAACACCCAGUGGAUUAGGCCCCACCCCCGUCCAGAGGUAAACAAACGACAUACUCGUCACCUAACAUAAUCGAGGUGGCCCAAAGCAGCCAUCAUCACCCUGCUCGCGUCGUCGCCCUGUAAAUGUAAAUAAUUAUUAUUUAUCGCCAUGAAUUGCCGCUCUGAAGUGCUGGAGGUGACGGUGGAGGCGAGACAGGUAGAGGAGUCCAUACUGUCUCUGCUUCACACCAUCUUACUGCAUCGAAGCACGGGCAAGUUUCACUACAAGAAGGAGGGCACCUACUCCAUUGGUACCGUGGGGACACAGGACAUCGACUGCGACUUCAUCGACUUCAGCUUCGUCAGGGUGUCAUCAGAAGAGCUGGACAGGGUGAUCAGGAAAGCUGUGGCUGAAUUCAAGGAUGCUUUGAGCAACUCCGGCAGCGAUGGCAUGGGACAAAUCUCCCUGGAGUUUUACCAGAAGAAGAAGUCUCGCUGGCCCUUUUCUGAUGAGUGUAUCCCCUGGGAAGUGUGGAGCAUCAAGGUGAACGUAGUGAACCUGGCUAAUGAGCAGGAGAGGCAGAUCUGCAGGGAGAAAGUGGGCGAGAAGCUUGGCGAGAAAGUCAUCAACGUGGUCGAGGUCAUUAACCGACACGAAUACCUGCCAAAGAUGCCCACUCAGUCUGAAGUGGACAAUGUGUUUGACACCAGUCUCAAAGAUGUCCAGCCUUAUCUUUACAAAAUCACAUUUCAGAUCACUGACUCUCUGGGCACGUCUGUGAGCACAACGAUGAGAAGGCUGAUUAAGGACACUCUAGCACUGUGAGGAUGCUUGAGGACAGAAAGAAAAAAUAUCUGGAUGAUUCAUAACUGCAUCUUUAGUCAUGCAGUCUCUUUUUUAAGCUCAGAAACAUGUAAGAAACACAGCCGUGACUAACUGAUCUGUUGCCUCUGUGAUAUCUGUUCUGUGGUUCUGUUAUUGCUUGUACCUGCUGUCUUGAUUAUAUAAUGAUCAUUUUUAGAAGUAUGUUGUUUUUGCAACUUUCUUUUUAAAAAGUAACUUUUCCUUCAGCCAUGUGGGAAUGCAACUCUGACACAGAAGCAAAUUUAUCACUUUAUUUCAUAAAUCUUUGAAAGUUGUGUUGCUGAUUCCAACUAUGUCAUUUCUUGUUCAUCCUUUGGUGAAAUCAUUGUAACGGAUGGUUAUUUUGUCAGCCACCACAGCUUCUUCAAACUAAACCUUGACACCAUUAUAAUGAUAGUUGGAAAACUGUUGUCACAGGGACUCACAGGACCGUGUAAGAAAAAUAAAUCUCAUUUCUUUUAACGCUAA